AUGAGUGUGAAGCAAUGGGGAAUUACUCCUCCCAUUAGUACUGCUCCAUCGACUGAGCAGGAAAACGCUCUAAAUACCGCGUUAAUCGAUGAAUUGAAACAUCAGAACCUUUUCGAGUCGUCUGCUGAAUCAGAAAGACGUAUCAAAGUGCUAGAUGACUUGCAGCGCAUUGCUACUGAAUUUGUGAAGAAAGUGUCUUUGGCAAAGCAUAUGAAUGAGAAGAUGGCUAACGAAGCAGGUGGUAAGAUCUUUACUUACGGUAGUUAUCGCUUAGGUGUUUAUGGCCCUGGUUCAGAUAUAGAUACCUUGCUCGUUGUGCCCAAGCAUGUUUCACGAGAAAACUUUUUCCAAGAUUUGGAGCCUAUGUUACGUGAACGGGAAGAGAUUACUGAAUUAGCUUCUGUUCCGGAUGCAUAUGUCCCAAUUAUUAAAUUCAAGUACUUUGAUAUUAGCAUUGACUUAAUUUUUGCACGACUUUCGGUACCCAAAGUACCUAGGAGUUUAGAGUUAUCGGAUAAUAAUUUAUUAAAAGGAGUUGAAGAACGCUGUAUCCUGAGUUUAAACGGUACGCGUGUUACUGACCAAAUUUUACAACUCGUGCCUAAUCGCGCUGUUUUCAAACAUGCGUUACGAGCUGUUAAGUUUUGGGCUCAGCGCCGUGCCAUUUAUGCAAAUGUGAUUGGAUUCCCUGGUGGUGUCGCAUGGGCAAUGAUGGUUGCUAGAAUUUGUCAGCUAUACCCGAAUGCUGUGUCUUCUGUUAUUGUUGCAAAGUUUUUCCGUAUCCUACAUCAAUGGAAUUGGCCUCAACCAAUUUUAUUAAAACCAAUUGAAGAUGGCCCUCUCCAAGUACGUAUUUGGAAUCCUAAACUAUACCCAUCUGAUAAAGCCCAUCGGAUGCCUAUUAUUACACCUGCUUACCCUUCGAUGUGCGCAACCCAUAAUAUUACACCUUCUACUCAAGCUAUCAUCCUCAGUGAAAUGGUUCGUGCUGGAGAAAUUGCCGACCAGAUUAUGGUUGGAUCCGUAGGUUGGUCGGCAUUAUUCCAAAAGCAUGAUUUUUUCCAUCGUUAUAAGCAUUAUUUAAUGAUUACUGCAGCAUCAAAAACUGCAGAAGGACAAUUGAAAUGGUCGGGUUUGGUGGAAUCAAAGCUUCGUCACCUCGUUACUAGGUUGGAGUUGGUGGAAGCUAUAGCUUUGGCUCAUCCCUUUAAUAAAGGAUUUGAUAAAAUUCAUAACUGUAAAUCAGAAGAAGAAGCACAUCAGCUAGCGAGUGGAAUCUCUUUAGACGUUGCCUCACAGUCCGCUGAUCUUGAGAGACUAGCUGCUGACGCCAAUGGACAAACCGAAAAUGAGGAUGAAAAGGAUGAAAAAAACAUUUAUCCUGUUUAUACCACUACUUUUUACAUUGGCUUAGAACUAGAGAAGAAAAAGGGACAACCCAUCAAAAAGCUUGAUAUAUCCUGGCCUGCUCAAGAGUUUUAUGAAUUGUGUAAAAAAUGGGAAAGAUAUGAUGAAACUCAAGUGAACGUUUUUAUUAAGAAUACUAGAAAUGUUAAUUUGCCUGAUGAAGUGUUUGAACCAGGAGAAGAAAAACCCAAGUCCUCUAAAAAGAGAUCUUUGAAUGACGCUGGCAAUAAUAACGAAACCAUGAAACGUCAAAAGAUUUCUACAGCAUAA